AUGUCUCCCGUUGCUGUCAGCGAAAAAUGGUGGAAAAAUGCCAUCAUCUAUCAAAUAUACCCCGCUAGCUUCAAAGAUUCCAACGGCGAUGGUAUUGGAGAUAUCCAAGGCAUCAUUUCCUCCCUCGACUACAUCUCAAGUCUCGGUGUGGAUGUCAUCUGGUUAUGUCCCAUGUAUGACAGCCCACAGGUCGACAUGGGAUAUGAUGUUGCCGACUAUGAAAACGUGUAUCCCCCAUACGGAACGGUUCAGGACAUGGAUGUUCUUAUUGAUGCAUGCCAUAGACGAGGACUACGCAUCAUCCUCGAUCUCGUGGUGAACCACACCUCGGACCAGCAUAAGUGGUUCCAAGAGUCGCGCUCCUCCAAGACCAACCCCAAGCGAGACUGGUACAUUUGGAAGCCGGCGAAAUACGUGAACGGGGAACGUCAGCCGCCCAACAAUUGGCGCAGCGUCUUUGGAGGCAGUGCGUGGGAGUGGGACGAGCACACGGAGGAGUAUUACCUCCAUCUGUUUUGCGUCGAGCAGCCCGAUGUGAAUUGGGAGAAUGCCGAGACCCGCAAGGCAAUCUAUGAUUCUGCGAUGGAGUUCUGGUUGCAAAAGGGCGUGGAUGGCUUCCGUGUGGACACGGUGAACAUGUACAGCAAGCAUCCCGAGUAUGCCAACGCACCCAUUUUGGACCCCAAAUCGGACACUCAACCUGCAUUUUCGUUGUUCACCAACGGGCCUCGGAUUCAUGAGUAUCUGGGCGAGAUGAACGAGGUUCUUUCCAAGUACGAUGCGAUGACAGUGGGAGAAUUGCCCAACACCCAUACGUUGGAAGGUGUGUUGCGGUACGUGUCCGCAGCAGAAAACCAACUGAGUAUGGUCUUCCAAUUCGAUCUCGUGGACCUCGGCAUGGGGAAGAACUAUAGGUUCCUGACCACCUUACCGGGCUGGACUCUGCGGGACCUCAAGGCCGCCGUGAAGAGCGCCCAAGAUGUGAUCAAAGGCACUGACGCGUGGACAACGGUGUUCAUGGAAAACCACGACCAGGGUCGCUCCGUGAGUCGAUUUGGCUCUGACAAAACACCCGAAUUCAGAGCUCGGUCGGCAAAGAUGCUGGCCAUGAUGCAAGGCACGCUUUCAGGAACGCAAUUUAUAUACCAAGGCCAGGAAAUUGGGAUGGUGAAUGCGCCCAAGGAAUGGACCAUUGACGAGUACAAGGACAUCGACAGUCUCAACUACUAUCAGAUGACUCGCCAGGUGACGAACGACGAUCCUGUCGAGCUCGAAAAAGCCAUGGUCUCGUUGCAACACCUCGCCCGGGAUCAUUCCAGACUGCCUAUGCAGUGGAAUGCGGACGUGAAUGCGGGCUUUUCGUCGGUGAAGCCAUGGAUGCGCGCGCAUGACAAUUACUCUGAUAUCAAUGUGCGCUUGCAAGAACAAGACCGCGACUCAGUGCUUUCAUUCUGGAAGCAGAUGAACCGACUGCGCAAGGAGUAUGCCGAUCUCAUGGUAUUUGGGGAGUUUGAAAUCCUCGACGAGGCUAAUCAGAGUGUCUUCACUUUCUUGAAAAAGAGCAAGAAUCGGACUUUGCUUGUGAUCCUCAACUUCUCGGAUAAAACCCAGUCGUUUGAAAAACCUGACACUGGCAGCGAUUGGAAGUUGUUGCUUGGCAAUGUAGAGGAUUCCCAGGAGGCACUGCAGGCGUUUGAAGGAAGGGUCUUCUUGGCUUAG